AUGGAUCCUAUGCGGCAGCAUUUCCCAGUGAAAGUCACUAUGAAGUCAAAGAUUGAGGCUUUGGAGAUAGAAACAAAAAAGAGACAUGAGUUGUGGUUCAUGGUUAAUGGAACCACAACUAGGUUUGGAAUGAGGGAAUUUGCAUUAAUUACUGGAUUGAACUGCGGGGAGACUCCAAAGCCGGACGUGGUCUUGAAAGCUUCGAAGAAUAUAAGAUUGUUGGAGCAUUUUAAGUCCCACGUAGUACUUGUUGCUGAUUUAAAAAAAUUGCUCACAGGGAAGAAGAUAAAAGGUAGCGAUAAAGCAAAGAUCGCUAUCAUUUAUUUUUUAGCACAAGUAUUAUUAUCUGGGGACGAGAAGAAGACCGUCCCACUGGAUUGGCUGUCUUACGUUGAAGAUUUAGAAUUCUUCAAUAGCUAUCCAUGGGGCAGGGUGUCUUUUGAAUGCACUCUGCGGGCUUUGAAGAAGAACUUGAGAGAGAAAUUCCAGAAAUGGGUUCGGAAAGGACGUAAUAAGAGCAUCAAGGAAACGUACUCAAUAUGCGGGUUUCUUUGGGCCUUUCAGGUGUAA